UAGGACGUUCGAAUAGGUACGCGUGACUUGACUUCGUCAGUAGUGAAAGCAAAUAUGGAGCCAAUAGCACGAUUUGUGAAAGUAUCAAUACCAAAUUAUUUGGCUGGAUUACCGAUUCCAGAAACGAUAGGAGGAUGGUUCAGACUCGGUGUAACCGAUUGGGUAUCGUUAAUUCCACCCACAGCUUUAAUGGCCGGCAUUGGUUAUAUGUCGUACAAAGCAUUUUGUCCUCGUGCGAGACCGAAGCCAUGUGGUAUAAUAAAUCCUUGUAUUAAGAAAGAUGUUAAUAAAGUAGUAGAUGUUAUUGAUGUCGAGGAUAUAUCAGAGAAGGCUGUUUUCUGCCGUUGCUGGAGGACUAAAAAUUGGCCGUACUGCGAUGGAUCUCAUGGAGCGUACAAUAAUGAGGUCAAAGACAAUGUUGGUCCAUUGGUUGUAAAGAAAGAGAACUAAAUGUAUACUAUCCGUUAUUUAAGUACCUGUGGUACAUAUAUGCUGUACUGUUCCAUACAGUAGCGCCUUAUUAUAAUACCAAGGGUGAAUAGAAAAGGUUAAUUAUCAAGAAAUAAGGUACGCAUGUUAUUUAAUUAAUUAUUGAAAUAAAAUAUUAAAUAAUUUAUAAUUGAAUACUCAACAAAAAAACACACACAUUGUUAUUCUUGGAUAAUAUUAUUUAAAAUUAUAUUUUUGUUAAUUAAGUGAUUUCCAUUAAAUUUGGGUAACAGUUAAUCGAAUAAAACGUAUCUCAUAUAAAAAAAAUAA